UACAAGUUGAUUAUAUAGUUGAAGUUGACUUCAAUGUUUUUGAGUUGUGUGAUUUUUCUGUGAAGUUAGCCAUUAUCAACUUAUAAAAAGAUUGAGGCUUUAAUUUUUGCAAUUUAUGGAAAAUAUUUCGCCUAAUUACAAUGGGCGCUAUAAAAAUUACCCUCAUACUUGUUGUUUUCGUGACAGUCUACUUAACCGGUAGUACUUUAGGCGAAUUUUCUACGGAAGAUUGUGCUUCUCUAGGUUUCAUAAAAGCUAAUCUAUUAUGUUCUUCUUGUGAUCAGUUAAAGGAUUUCAGUUUAGAUCAAUUAGUGGAACAUUGUAAGGAAUGUUGUCAUAAUGAUGAAUCGGCACCAAAGGAAAAGAAAUAUGCACGUGCUAUUUUAGAGGUCUGUACUUGCAAGUUUCCAGCAUAUCCUCAAAUUCAAGCAUUCGUUAAGAGUGACAGACCCGCUAAGUUUCCAAAUUUGCAAAUCAAAUAUUUACGUGGACUGGAUCCAAUAAUCAAGCUCCUGGACAAGGAUGGUAUAGUCAAAGAAACUGUCGCAAUUGAGAAAUGGAAUACAGAUUCUGUUGAAGAAUUUUUAAACACACAUCUUAUAAAAGAAGAGGAUGACGAUAGAGGGUUCUUAAAAACUAAUCUUAUUUAAUAAAUUAUGUAAUAAGA